AUUUGUUUGUACUUGCGUUGCGUGCCAUAAUUCUACUCGUUAAAACCUUAAAGGCGUUAUCUUUUUCAGUAGUUUGGGAUCUGGGCGUUGAGCAAGAACAAGAUAAGAGAGCCAGAAAGCUAGAGAGAGAUAGAGGGAGAUGGCAACAGAUAUUGAUUUGGCUUCAUUGCAGCAUGCAAAGGUGGAAAAUGGGUGCUGCAAGAAAGGGCCUGGCUACGCUACUCCGCUUGAUGCCAUGGCUGGCCCCAAGGAAACUCUUAUCUAUGUCACUUGUAUAUACACUGGAACAGGGAAGGAGAAGCCAGAUUACCUUGCAACUGUGGAUAUUGAUCCGAAUUCGCCAACGUAUUCUCAAGUCAUCCACCGGCUGCCCAUGCCUUACCUCGGAGACGAGCUGCACCACUCUGGAUGGAAUGCCUGCAGCUCUUGCCACGGAGAUCCAUCAGCUGCACGGCGGUUUCUUGUCCUUCCUUCGCUAGUGUCUGGGAGGAUAUAUGCCGUUGAUACUCAGAAGGAUCCGAGGGCUCCAUCUUUGCAUAAGGUUGUUGAUCCCAAGGAUGUAGUACAGAAGACGGGGUUGGCAUAUCCCCACACAGCUCACUGCCUCGCCUCAGGUGAAAUCAUGGUGUCGUGUCUUGGAGAUAAAGAUGGAAAUGCUGAAGGGAAUGGAUUUCUACUGCUGGACUCCGAUUUUAAUGUCAAAGGAAGGUGGGAGAAACCAGGGCACAGCCCCCUAUAUGGCUACGAUUUCUGGUACCAGCCUCGACACAAGACCAUGAUCAGCACGUCAUGGGGAGCUCCUGCCGCUUUCACCAAAGGUUUCAACCUUCAGCAUGUUUCCGAGGGUUUAUACGGGAGACAUUUGCACGUCUACAGCUGGCCAGGAGGAGAGCUGAAACAGACAUUGGAUCUCGGAAAUACUGGCCUCCUACCUUUGGAGAUACGGUUCUUGCACGAUCCAGCCAAGGAUACGGGCUUCGUGGGGUGUGCUUUGACGAGCAAUAUGGUAAGGUUUUUCAAGAAGCCGGAUGAGACUUGGGGUCACGAGUUAGCUAUAUCAGUGAAGCCACUCAAGGUGCAGAACUGGAUCCUACCCGAGAUGCCCGGUCUUAUAACUGAUUUCCUCAUAUCCCUCGAUGAUCGCUUCCUCUACCUAGCCAACUGGCUUCACGGAGACAUAAGACAGUAUAACAUCGAAGAUCCUGCAAAUCCGCGGUUGGCAGGCCAGGUUUGGGUUGGAGGUUCCAUCCGGAAUGGAGGUCCUGUGGUGGUGGAGGCAGAAGAUGGAACAACAUACCAGACCGACGUACCAGAUGUCCAGGGGCACCAACUAAGAGGAGGGCCGCAGAUGAUACAGCUGAGCUUGGACGGGAAGCGGCUGUACGCCACAAACUCUCUGUUCAGCACUUGGGACCGUCAGUUUUAUCCUGAGCUCGUGGAGAAAGGCGGUCACAUGCUCCAGAUUGAUGUGGACACGGAGAGGGGAGGUCUCGAGAUCAACCCUAGGUUCUUCGUGGACUUCGGAGCUGAGCCGGAUGGCCCCUCCCUUGCCCACGAAAUGAGGUAUCCCGGUGGAGAUUGCACCUCCGACAUCUGGAUUUGAGCUCUGUAAAAUAAAUUCUAUGGUUGCAGCAGAAAAUGUGUUGUGGAUUGUAUCUAGAAAAAUAAGUGCAGCCAUAUUUGUGUUUGGACUUUGGAUGAAACUUGAUUUAAUUAUACAGUCUUUCUACUCGUUUCUUUGAUA